CAAAGUCAUUGAGAACGAAACGGGGUGCAAAUAAAAGCAAAAAAUUUAAAUUAAUAAAAUUAAAUAAAAUAAGUAAUUAACUUUAAAAAGUGGUGAAUUUGAAAGUUGAAAAGAUAAAUAAAUCUUUAAGAAUUCAAUGAAUAAUUAACGAGAAGAGAUAAAACAUCUAAAUAAGCUAGUUUAUUACACAAACAAAAACAGCAAAGCUAAAUAAUGCUAGUGUUAAAACGUUUAAUAUUAAUUACAAUAUUGUGUGCCGCCACAAAUGCACAAGAUUAUCAAGACUAUCAGGAAAAUACACCCCGACCUGCACCCAUAAGACUGCGUCCCAGUUCCGGACAAGUAGAUGCGCCAAGACCGACACCAGUGCCAAUAUUAAAACAAAUUAACAAACACAACGAAGAUGGUUCCUAUACUUAUGGUUAUGAAGGUGCUGAUGGUUCAUUUAAAAUUGAAACGAAAUUGGCCACCGGUGAAGUAAAGGGCAAAUAUGGUUAUGUUGACGAGACAGGCAAAGUAAGGGUAGUGGAGUAUGGAGCCAAUAAAUAUGGUUUUCAACCAUCUGGUGAGGGCAUUACGGUAGCACCUCCCACUUUGGUGGAUGAAACCAAGAGACAACAAGAACCAGAUUAUGAAGAUGAAAUAGUGCAGAGACCACAGAGACCACAUCGCGUUAAUCGUCCUCAACAGCAAUAUAGGCCAGCACCGCCACCACCACCACCCCGGCCACAGCCUCAACCCCAACCUCAAUAUGUGCAAUACGAAGAUGAAGAGCAAGAACCAGAGCCACCACGUAGACCUCAAUAUGUACCACAGAGUGCACCACCUAGGCCACAGCCACAAUUAGGACCAGCACCUCCUAGACUCCAAAUACCCGGUGCUCAACGUACUACCGAUGUGGUUUACUCGCCCGUGCAAAAACCCUCUCGCCCCGACUACUCUCAGCAACAAUCAUCCGAAUACUCACAAUCAACAUCAUUCGGUGAUGGUCAAUCAAAUUUACGUAUAUCACGUCCUGUAUAUGCCCCAGCCCCCGGAACACCUUCACCCUCCAGUGCACGAGCUCAAGGUUUCUUGGGUCCCGCCUCUGGUGGUCGUCCACAUUUGGAACCUUUCCAGUUUGGACCCUCUCAGCAAGCAGCUCCUGCACCUCGUCCCGUAGCCCAAUCGAUACCCGUGCAACAGCCCCGUUAUCAACAGCCUCAGCUACAAAGUCGUAGCAGUGGUGGAGGAGGUAGCAGUUUAUUGGAUCAAUUGGCUCGUGAUUACGCCUUACCCGAGGGUACAUCUCAGCCAUUACACGACAUUUCUUUCGGUUAUUACUAGAGUGUGUGGACUCGUUAAUGUAGCUAGAGAGUGUAGCCGAAGAAAGUCAUGUAAUGAAUUUGUGUUGUAUUUACAGUUAUAGAGUUUUUUUGUAAGUUCGUUGUUGAGAUAAAGAAAUUUCAGUUUUUUUUUUUUUUUGUUUUUCUACUGUGAGAUUUUACGUGAUUUUGAAAUUGAUUGUUUGUAUUUCAAUAAAAUUUAAAACUAAAUUUGCCAUUUCUUUUGGUAAGAAUUAU